CCGCGGCCCGGCGAAGGGGGCGCGGGGAGAGCGCAGGGGAGAGGCGGGGAGGGACCCCACCCCACCCCGAGUGACGGGAUCGCUCCGGAGCCCCCGCCUCCUCCCGCGGCGGCUGGCAACAUGGCUGCGGCCGCCUCCGCCGCCCAGGACGAGCUGAAUCAACUUGAACGUGUAUUCUUACGUCUUGGCCAUGCAGAAACAGAUGAGCAGUUACAGAAUAUUAUAUCCAAAUUCCUACCCCCUGUCCUGCUCAAACUGUCCAGCACGCAGGAAGGAGUGCGUAAAAAGGUCAUGGAGCUCCUAGUUCACUUGAAUAAACGCAUCAAAAGUCGUCCAAAAAUUCAACUUCCAGUAGAGACUUUACUAGUCCAAUACCAAGAUCCCGCUGCAGUUUCCUUUGUCACCAAUUUUACUAUAAUUUAUGUUAAGAUGGGUUACCCUCGUUUGCCUGUGGAAAAACAAUGUGAAUUGGCGCCUACUCUCCUCACUGCAAUGGAAGGGAAACCACAACCACAGCAAGACAGCCUAAUGCAUCUUCUAAUACCAACCCUUUUUCACAUGAAAUAUCCUGUUGAACCAUCGAAAGCAGCUUCUCCAUUUAAUCUUGCCGAAAAACCAAAGACCGUACAGCUGCUCUUGGACUUUAUGUUGGAUGUGCUCCUUAUGCCUUAUGGAUACGUACUGAAUGAAUCCCAGAGUCGCCAAAACGUGCCAUCGGCACAGGGCUCUUCUGCAUCCAGUAGUGCUGGAAGUUCGGGGAUCCCUCAACCUCCUCCAGGGAUGAGCUUUUACGCAGCCAAGCGGGUAAUUGGAGAUAGCCCAUGGACACCUGAGCAGCUGGAACAGUGUAAACUGGGAAUAGUAAAGUUCAUUGAAGCUGAGCAGGUACCAGAGCUUGAAGCUGUCAUACACCUGGUCAUAGCCUCCAGCGACACACGACACAGUGUAGCAACUGCGGCAGACCUGGAACUGAAAAGCAAACAAAGCUUAAUUGACUGGAAUAAUUCUACUAUCGUCAACAAAAUGUACAAAGUGUACCUCGGGGAUAUACCACUGAAAACUAAAGAGGGAGUUGUUCUGAAGCCAGAACUGAAACGAGAUCCAGUCAGCACCCGGGUUAAAUUAAAGAUUGUUCCUCAUCUUCUGCGUUCCAGACAAGCUGCAGAAACAUUCCCAGCUAACAUUCAGGUGGUAUAUGAUGGACUCUUUGGUGCAAAUACGAACACGAAACUGAGAACUCUGUCCCUGCAGUUUGUACAUCAUAUUUGUACAAGUUGUCCAGAAAGUAAAAUAAAGCCACUAGGCCCAAUGCUUUUAAAUGGGCUUACGAAACUGAUUAAUGAAUACAAAGAGGAUCCCAAACUGCUGUCAAUGGCCUAUUCAGCUGUUGGAAAACUCUCCAGUCGAAUGCCUCAGCUGUUUACCAAGGACAUAGCUCUUGUCCAGCAGUUUUUUGAAGCUUUGUGCAAGGAAGAGCCCGAUACCAGACUUGCUAUUCAGGAGGCCUUGUCUAUGAUGGUUGGAGCAUAUAGUAGUUUGGAAGGAGCACAGCGUACGCUUAUGGAGGCUCUUGUGGCUUCAUACCUAAUAAAGCCUGAAGUCCAAGUGCGUCAGGUGGCCGUGAAAUUUGCAAGCACAGUGUUCCCUUCAGAUCACAUCCCUUCCCGAUACUUACUGCUUUUAGCUGCAGGAGAUCCACGAGAGGAGGUGCAUGGAGAAGCCCAGCGCGUACUGAGAAUGUUUCCUGGUAAAAAUGAAAAGGAGAGUGCUGGUAAACAGAUGCCUUCCUUCCCAGAAAUGGUCCAUUACAUUCAAGACAAGGCCUCUCACCGAAUGAAAACUCCUGCUAAAUACAUGACCGGAACUGCAGUCCUGCCUUUCAAUCCUGCUACGUUUGGAGAGAUAGUCCUGUACCUGCGAAUGUGUCUUGCUCAUAGCGCAGGUGUGGUGCCAUCCUCUCAGAACUUAGCUGACAUGCAAGACCAUGCUCCAGCAAUUGGCCGUUAUAUCAGAAACCUGCUGUCUGGCAACUUCAUAUCUUCCUCAUCAUCGUCAUCUUCCUCAAAAAGUGGAGAAACCAACCCAGUGCAAAUCUAUAUUGGCCUUCUUCAGCAGCUGUUGUCUGGUGUUGGAGGUUUGCCAGUCAUGUACUGUCUUCUAGAAGUUGUUUCGGUGUAUCCAGAAAAACUAGCUACCAGAUUUGCAGACAAAAUAGAUUGGAUAAAGAGUCUGAUGAAUACUAACAAGGAAGAGAUGCGUGAGCUGGCAGCACUAUUGUAUUCUGUAGUGUUGUCUACAAUGUCUGGAAAUGAACUGAAGUCCUCUGUACAGCAACUGAUCAAGACAGCAAAAGACAAUCAUAACCCGGAGAUCCAACAUGGAUCCUUGUUGGCUUUGGGAUUCACAGUAGGAAGGUACCUGGCCAAAAGGAAAACCAGAAUGAUGGAGAUGCAUGACAUUGAAGAGCCAAAUAUUGUUGUCAUGCCAGAACAAGACCAGCUCAUAAAGACCACAACAGAAACAAUAGGUUCCUUUUUGGACAGCACCUCUCCGCUCCUGGCAGUUGCUGCUUGUACAGCACUGGGGGAAAUUGGCAGGAACGGCCCCUUGCCAAUUCCCAACGAAGGCACCGGGUUUACAAAGCUGCAUCUUGUUGAAAGUUUACUGACCAGAAUCCCUUCUGGCAAGGAAACAAAUAAGAUGAAAGAACGAGCGAUACAAACACUGGGUUACUUUCCAGUGGGAGAUGGAGACUUUCCCCACCAGAAACUACUGUUGCAAGGACUAAUGGAUUCUGUGGAGGCCAAGCAAAUAGAACUUCAGUUCACUGUUGGUGAAGCCAUUACCAGUGCUGCAAUAGGCACCAGCUCAGUGGCUGCCCGUGAUGCUUGGAUGGUCACCGAGGAAGAGUAUACUCCUCCUGCAGAUGUGAAAGUGAAUGACGUGGUCCCCUGGGUUUUGGACCUCAUUUUGAAUAAGCACAUUGUCAGCCCUAACCCCCACAUCAGGCAGGCAGCCUGCAUCUGGCUUUUGUCACUGGUGAAGAAGCUGAGCACACACAAAGAAAUUAAGUCUCAUCUCAAGGAGAUUCAAAGUGCAUUUGUUUCAGUUCUGUCUGAUAAUGACGAACUUAGCCAAGACGUUGCUUCAAAAGGCCUUGGGCUAGUGUAUGAACUAGGUAGUGAACAAGAUCAACAGGAGCUGGUCACCACGCUUGUUGAUACGCUUAUGACUGGCAAAAGGGUCAAACAUGAAGUGACUGGAGAAACAGUGGUGUUCCAGGGAGCCCUUGGCAAAACCCCAGAUGGUCAGGGUCUCUCUACCUACAAGGAGCUUUGUUCACUGGCUAGUGACCUCAGCCAGCCAGACCUGGUGUACAAAUUCAUGAAUCUGGCCAACCACCAUGCCAUGUGGAACUCGCGCAAGGGAGCAGCGUUUGGUUUCAACGUGAUCGCUACAAAGGCUGGAGAGCAACUGGCUCCGUUUUUGCCCCAGCUGGUUCCCCGUCUCUAUCGUUACCAGUUUGACCCCAACAUGGGCAUUCGACAGGCUAUGACCAGCAUUUGGAACGCGCUUGUCACCGACAAAUCUGCAAUCGAUAAAUACAUGAAGGAGAUUCUGGAUGAUCUGCUCAACAACCUGACCAGCAACAUGUGGAGGAUCAGAGAAUCCAGCUGUCUAGCACUGAAUGACUUAUUAAGAGGCCGACCACUGGAUGACAUUAUUGAUAAACUUCCAGAAAUCUGGGAAACCCUGUUCCGAGUGCAAGAUGAUAUUAAGGAGUCUGUGCGAAAAGCAGCAGAACUAGCCCUGAAAACGUUAAGUAAGGUGUGUGUGAAAAUGUGCGACCCUGCCAAAGGCGCAGCGGGCCAGAGAACUAUAGCGGUGUUGCUGCCCUGCCUGCUGGACAAAGGAAUGAUGAGCACAGUGACUGAAGUUCGGGCUCUGAGCAUUAACACUCUUGUGAAGAUCAGUAAAAGUGCUGGUGUUAUGCUGAAGCCUCACGCGCCAAAGCUCAUCCCAGCUUUGCUGGAGUCCUUAAGCGUGUUGGAACCCCAGGUUCUCAAUUAUUUGAGUCUCCGCGCUACGGAUCAGGAGAAAGCUGCAAUGGAUAGUGCCAGACUUAGUGCUGCUAAAUCAUCUCCCAUGAUGGAAACAAUUAAUAUGUGCUUGCAGUAUCUGGAUGUGUCUGUCCUUGGUGAGCUGGUUCCUAGGCUGUGUGAGCUGAUCAAAAGUGGAAUAGGCCUGGGCACUAAGGGAGGCUGUGCCAGCGUCAUUGUGUCACUAACCACUCAGUGUCCCCAGGACUUAACGCCGUACUCAGGCAAACUCAUGAGUGCUUUACUCAGUGGGCUGACUGAUCGCAACAGCGUGGUGCAGAAGUCUUUUGCAUUUGCUAUGGGGCAUCUAGUUCGGACCUCCCGGGAUAGUAGCACUGAGAAACUACUGCAGAAGCUCAACAGCUGGUACAUGGAGAAGGAAGAACCGGUCUAUAGGAUAGGCUGUGCUUUAACUGUUCAUGCCAUCGGGCGCUACAGCCCGGACGUGUUGAAGAACCAUGCCAAACAGGUCUUGCCUCUGGCAUUUCUGGGCAUGCACGAGGUCCCAGAUGAAGAGAAAGGAGAGAAAGAUGAUUCUAAUCUGUGGACCGAAGUGUGGCAGGAAAAUGUACCUGGCACUUACGGUGGCAUUAGAUUGUAUAUGCAGGAGUUGAUCGCCAUUACCCAGAAGGCUCUGCAGUCCCAGUCUUGGAAGAUGAAAGCCCAGGGAGCGGCUGCCAUGGCCUCUAUUGCCAAACAAACUGGUUCCCUGGUACCACCCCAUCUGGGAAUGGUGGUUGGUGCAUUGUUGCAAGGUCUGUCUGGAAGAACGUGGGCAGGAAAGGAGGAGCUGCUGAAAGCUAUCGCCAGCGUCGUUUCUGCAUGCAGUGCAGAGUUGCAGAAGUCUGUGCCCAAUCAGCCCAGCGUCAAUGAUGUUGUCCAGGCUGUCCUGAAAGAGUGUCGCAAAGAGAACCUCAAGUACAAGAUGGUAGCGCUCCGAUGUACGGCAGACGUGCUGAAGGCGACAAAGGAAGACCGUUUCCAAGAGCUGGCGGACAUCAUCUUUCCGAUGAUAAAGAAGAAUUCUCAUGAGAGCAUAGGAGCUGGUUCACCAAAGAAUGAUGAUGACGAGAAUGAAAAAGAAAAGGAGCUUCAAAUGGAAUCUCUGCUCUGUGCCUUUGAGAGUUUGGGCAAGGCCUGGCCUAGGAAUCUGGAGACACAGCGCUGCUAUUGGCAAGAGCUGUGCAAAUUAAUGUGUGAGCGUCUGAAACUCAGUACGUGGAAAGUGCAGCUUGGAGUGCUACAGGCCAUGAACGCCUAUUUUCAAGGGUUAAUGCUUUUUGAAGAGGUGCACUCAGACCCUGGGGCUUUGACAGAAAUCCUGUUGGAAACCUGCUCGUCUAUCACACACUCUUUAGAAAAUAGGAGCUACACCUCCAUCAGAACAGAAGCGCUGUCUGUGAUAGAACUGCUGCUUACCAGACUUAAAGAGUCUAAACAAUGGGACAGCCUGCCACUGGAAAGCAGAGCGCUCCUCAUUGGCUCACUUACUACCAUGGUAUUGGACAGCAGACCUGAGCUGCAAGAGAAAGCAUCUUUAUUGAAGAAAACACUUGAAAACCUUGACUAAAUUGUAAAACACCAACAGCAAAGUGCCAUGUAAAACAAAAACAAGUGCAGUGUGAUCCGAAAACCAAGUGGGGAAAUGAAGAUUUAAUCUGUAGCAUGCAUCAUUCCUUGGCCAAAAUAAAAAAUGCCUUAAAUUCUGUUCCCCAUUAACUGUAUUUUUACUGUUUUAAGCAGCUGGUUAGUAAACAACUUUGAAGUUGUGGAAAAAAUAGUUGUAUCAGUAAAUACCUCUAAAGAUCGCCCUAAAAGACUUAUAGGUGUGUGAUCUAAAAGAAGUAUUAAGGGCAAGAAGCAUCUGAUUCUUAAAAUAGGCAAAGGAUGUAACUUAAUUUACCCUAGAUCCCAAAUGCCCCGUAAAGAAUUGUUGAAGGUGGCUGAAGAACCAACAGCUCUGGAAAGUUUAAAUGCUUGUUUUCAUUUCACUGAACCUUGCCUGUGGCGGUUUAAUACUUGGUGCCCAACUAGUGAUUCUUUAAGUCUCUCCAGGAGAUCGGGGGCAACUAAUAUUUAUAUUAACGAGGGUUGAAAUCCUGCCUCCGUUUAAAUCAAUGGCAGAAUUCCCAUUGACUUCACUGGGGGCAAGAUUUCAUCCCAGAACUCCCAGCUCACUGCUAGCCCAGUCUGGUCCUCCCUGGCACACACUCCCAGUGUUUGUGAAAUAUGAAAGGCAGAAUAUUGUUGACUUAUUUCCUCCGUCUCUGACUUGAGUGGAUUUAGCAAAUCCAUGCCCCCUUCACAGCUAAUGGAUCCGUGCCUCCCACAUUUUAAACAACAAUGAUUUUCUCCAAAAGUAUGCACCUGAAAGAGCACUUUAAUGAGCUGCCUGGGGCUGAGGUGGUUUGGAUCUGUAAGAAAUGACAGGUGGGGAACACUGCUCUUCUCCAAGUUGUUUUGCAUGACACUCCUUAACUGCAGCAAAAAAUGACACCCCCCCCCCCCCAACUUUUUCUAGAAAAUGUUUUUCCAGAGUGUUCAGUUUGCCAUGAUGGAAAUUUUUAUAGUAGUAGUCUUUUUUUCAUGUUUGUAACUCUGUUCUUGCUUUGGAAAGCGGUAACAAUUUAGACUUCUCAAUGUUUGUAACAAACUGAAUAAUGGAUAUCAUCUAUCAGUCGCCAGCUCACACUGGUUUCUAGAAAAUACUUUUAAUUUGCACUUAAUAAGAAAGACCAUAUCUGCAUUAACAUGGAGUAAAAAUUCUAUUUGAUUAAAUGGCCACGCUCCCCUAUCCCCCCUCUUUUUUAGACAAAAGGCGUAAACCUGGAUGCUGUGACGACAGGCUUUAGAAAUGUAAAAUGACUACUGUAACCUUAGCGUGGGUAGUUCAUCGCUUUGCUGAGUAUGAAUAAAAUCAUGAGCGUUGGCAACCUCACAGCCAUGGAUUUCAGCAGAGAAAGACUUGUUGUUUUCUUAAAGACUCCCUCCAGUCCCUUUCUGACUUUCUCUCCCCCAGUAGAUUAUCAAAUAACCUUGCCAACCAUCAUUGCUCUGUGUUGCUGGCAUAUUCAGGAUUGAGUAUUCAGUACCUACCUUUCCCUCAGGUGUGUGCUAUUUCACGUACAUUGGAAAAGCAUUAAACUAGCUUACUAGUCUGAUGUUGUACCUAGGGGGAGGGGCAGUGCAGUCCAUACCCAUCUCAUCAGAAAAUUUCAGCCAAUGUUGGGGUAAGACUCUUCAUUUUAUGGCACUUCUGUAUCAAGCUCUAAUGCAUCUUGUAUUAGCACACAUUAGGCAAUCCCUUGGUGCUGAGAGCUGGUGCUAAAACAUUUGAUCUAUGACUUAGUGGCUGGGAGCUGCUGUUUGUUUACAUUGUUUGGAUUACCAAGCACAUUUGUAAAUUUUAAAAGCUUAUUGGGCAAACACUUGCAUAAGAGGGUACCAUUUGAACAAAUUGCCUUCCCUGAAACCUUUCCACAGGAGCUCAUUUUUGUAUGAAUGAGAAUUCCCCGUGUUGCUUUGCUGUCGCUGUUGUUCGUCUGACUUAUUCUUUUUCAUAUAGUUCAAAGCAACAGACAGUUACAGGAAACCAAGCGCUCCCAGUCGCUGAGCCCUUGAUUUCAGCAGGGAUGUGCGUAUUGGGAGGCAGUACCUAAGAUUAUGUAGCCCUAGCUAGAGCAACUGGGCUAGCUGCCGUAACAAAUGUUUUUCUGCUAGGGGUUUAUAGUACAUAGAAGAAGAGGUUCUAGAAAUUCUACUGGUAUCUGGAUUGACAACUGUGGCCAGGAUUACUGGGAAGCUGGAGAUGGUGUAUUAAAAUCUGACUCAUAAAGCAAUAUGUUUUUAAUGAUUAAAAGUAUGGAUUCAGAAUUCUUCUACAGCAUGUGCCUAUACACCGAACCUACCUGCACAGAAGUUGAUAUGAAUUUAAACCAAGGUCUGAUUUCUACCCCCCUUUUCAUUUGUAAACUUGACAGGAAAAAAAAAAUAGAUGUGGCCUUCCUAGAGUUUUUCCUCUGAAAGUGAUUGCACUAUGUAAAACACACUGUACUUUGCCCAAGAUGGGCAUUUCUUGUGCUGCUGCUUUGUAGACCAAGAGUGAGGCGUGCAAGUCUGACACUAGCACUCAUUCUAACCUGCAAGCUGUUGCUUAAAUGGAUGUAUAUUAAGAAAAGUUUUCUAAUGUUGCAAGGUCUCCAUCAAAUUCAUUGUGAUCUGUACUUGGAUGUUGAAGUAUGUAAAUGGACUGAUUGAAAGAAAACCCUCCCGUUUACCAAAAAGGUAACAUUAAAUAAAGGUGCAUGACCUGUU